GAGAAAGAUCUACUGCGGUGGGAUGGAGUAAUUGCUCCGUAUCCGUACUUAGAAGAGAGAUAUGAGACAAGUCUCUGUACUGUAGUGUGGUCUCUACGACUGUCUUCAUUGUACUAAGCGUACCGCCGGGCGGGGGCGGCGGAGGCGGAGGCGGAGCGAGGAUCGAACUGUGGCCGGAUUUUUGUGUAGAAUUAGGAAAAGUCUAAUUUAGCGAGCAAUAGUAGCUGUUACUAUUUUCUUGUGAUGAUAGCGGUCCACUCUCUCUCAUCCCUCGUUUUGCAGUCUUCAAACUUGAACCGUUGUCGGCGUCUCUGUUUUUAAUAGCAAAAAUUUCUCCAACCUUGCCCAGUUUCUCAACAGCUUUCCGGUGGUUGUGCAGUCGUUGCAGCCUCCAGGGAGUGGGCGUGUUAUAUAAGGAGGAGGAAAGGUGAAAUCUUUGAUUCCUUUCGCCGUGAAUUUUUUUGUUUUUUUAAUUGGCCAUACUCCACUUCCCCGCCCCGUGGGGAGGUGUUCUCCCCUUGCCCCGUGUGUCUUUUUGGGUCUCUGGUUUUGUAGGUUUCACAUUGCAGACUCAUUCCAAUUUUACAAUCCAGUUUGAUUGAUGUCUUUCAACCGCUGUUAUUCUGUUGAUUGGUUCAUUUCACCACAAUCAAUCAGUCAAUCUGGUUAACUUUGACUUGGUAGCCGAGCAUUUUUAGAUUCACAACUCAAACUGGUACUGGGAUUCCUGUUUCUCUUCAACCUCCCCCGCCCCCCUCCCCAACCGAAAAAAAAAAAGGUUGGCAUUUGCUUAGGCAUCAAUGACCAAUCAGCCGCCCCCACAGUCGUCUUUCAAUGCCUACCCUGUUAACAUCCACCCCUCCAACCCUGCGGAAACUAAGUUGAGCAGCUCUUCUCCUUUCCUUUCACCAUCUGCCCCACCGUCAAGAUUUCCUCCGCCGGCGCCACCACUUCUGCAGCCCAACCAAAUCCCAUCACCGUCUAUCAAGAUCCCAAAUCUAGCUUCCCCUUCCAAUCCCAUCAGAACCCCAAGCCCUCUCCCUGUUCCUCAUCUCAGCACUCCACCGGGUCCUCCUGUCUUCUCUUCCCCACUGCAACCUGCUGCUGUGCCAUUCAGAACUUCGCCAGCCACUCCUCAGCCACUUGCUUUCUCUUCCGGUUCGUCUUUACCCGCAUCUUCGUCUCCACAAGUUUUAAAUGGCAUCACUCAGUUGCAGCACCAAAUUUCUGACACUACAGAGGAGUAUAGCCAUCUUUCGGAUUCUCCAAAUGUCUUAUUCACAGCCCACAAGGUGCUGAAACAAAAGAAACUAGCUAAUGUUCCCAGUUUAGGAUUUGGUGCACUUGUUUCCCCUGGCCAGGAGGUCUCACCAGGUCCUCAAAUAAUACAACGUGAUCCCCACAGGUGCCAAAAUUGUGGGGCCUUUUCAAAUCUCUAUUGCAAUAUCUUGCUUGGGUCAGGCCAGUGGCAGUGUGUCAUAUGCCGUAAUCUAAAUGCAAGUGAGGGUGAAUACAUAGCUUCCAGCAAGGAAGAACUUCGUAAUCUGCCAGAAUUGUCUUCUCCACUGGUUGAAUAUGUUCAGACCGGUAACAAGAGACCUGGGUUUAUUCCAGUUUCUGAUUCUAGGGUGACAGCACCAAUUGUUCUUGUAAUAGAUGAGUGCUUGGACGAAUCACAUCUCCAACACCUACAAAGCUCGUUGCAUGCGUUUGUUGAUUCUCUGCCUCCAACUACACGAAUUGGAGUUGUGCUUUAUGGCCGGACGGUGUCAGUGUAUGAUUUUUCAGAAGAAUUAUCUGCCUGUGCUGAUGUACUCCCCGGGGGCAAAUCACCUAGUCCAGAGUCUUUAAAAGCAAUGGUUUAUGGGACUGGGAUAUACUUGUCACCAAUUCAUGCAUCCCUUCCCGUUGCACAUACAAUAUUUUCGUCGUUGAGGCCAUUCAAACUAAAUAUUCCUGAAGCUUCCAGAGACCGUUGUCUGGGUGCUGCGGUAGAAGUUGCUCUGGCAAUAGUCCAGGGUCCUUCUGCAGAAGUGUCACGGGGGGUUGUAAAAAGGCCUGGUGGAAAUAGUAGAAUAAUUGUCUGCGCUGGUGGUCCUACUACAUAUGGCCCUGGUUCAGUUCCUCAUUCUUUCGGUCACCCUAAUUAUCCUCACUUGGAGAAAACAGCACUGAAGUGGAUGGAGAAUCUAGGCCGCGAGGCUCAUCACCGUGGUACAGUGAUUGAUGUGUUAUGCGCUGGGACAUGCCCAGUACGAGUACCUAUAUUACAAUGUCUUGCCAAAGCUUCUGGUGGAGUUCUUGUUCUUCAUGAUGAUUUUGGUGAGGCAUUUGGUGUGAAUUUGCAGAGGGCAUCUUGCAGGGCUGCAGGUUCUCAAGGUUUGCUGGAGGUCCGUUGUUCUGAUGAUAUUUUUGUGAGUCAAGUAAUAGGCCCUGGUGAGGAGGCACACAUUGACAGUAAUGAUGCAUUCAGGAAUGAUGGCGCUCUUUCUGUAAAGAUGUUUAGUGUUGAAGAAACACAGAGCUUUGCAUUAUUCAUGGAGGCUAGGGCAGACAUCAAGAGUGACUUUGUGUAUUUUCAAUUUGUAAUCCAAUUUUCAAAUGUUUAUCAAGCUGAUAUCUCAAGAGUGAUAACUGUCAGAUUUCCUACAGUGGACACUGUGUCGGCUUAUCUUGAGAGUGUCCAAGAUGAAGCUGCUGCCGUACUUAUUGCCAAGAAGACCCUUUUGCGAGCCAAGAACUUCAAUGAAGCACUUGAUAUGCAAUCAACAAUUGAUGAAAGAGUUAAAGAUAUUGCUAGUAAGUUUGGGUCUCAAUUGCCAAAAUCAAAGCUUAAUCAGUUUCCGAAGGAACUCUCUUUGUUGCCAGAACUAUUAUUCCAUCUCAGAAGAGGCCCACUUCUGGGAAGCAUUCUCGGUCAUGAGGACGAGAGGUCUGUAUUGCGGAACUUGUUUCUGAAUGCAUCGUUUGAUUUGUCACUUCGUAUGGUAGCACCUCGCUGUCUAAUGCAUCGAGAAGGGGGCACAUUUGAGGAGCUACCUGCAUAUGACCUUGCUAUGCAAUCUGAUGCAGCAGUGGUUCUUGACCACGGAACAGAUGUCUUCAUUUGGCUGGGUACCGAACUUGCUGCUCAGGAAGGAAAAAGCGCUGCUGCUUUGGCAGCUUGUAGGACAUUGGCUGAAGAGCUAACUGAAAUGCGGUUCCCAGCUCCACGGAUUCUUGCUUUCAAGGAGGGGAGUUCUCAGGCUCGAUAUUUUGUUUCUCGGUUGAUUCCGGCUCACAAAGACCCCCCAUACGAGCAGGAGGCUAGGUUUCCACAGCUUCGGACUUUGUCAGCAGAGCAGAGGACGAAGCUGAAAAGUAGCUUUCUUAACUUUGACGAUCCCAGCUUCUGUGAGUGGAUGCGAAGUUUGAAAGUUCUGCCACCAGAGCCAAGCUAAAUAUUUUCUGGAUGACAAACUCGUGGAGUCUCCGCCCCGCCAUGCAGUAACUUCAAUGAGAGAAGUUCUUCCUUUUUCUUUUUUCUUCGUUUGUUGUUGAUGUUUUAGUUUUAGUUUUAGUUAUUUCUUUUGCUGUCAAAAAUUUAUACCGGUUGUAACUGAGAGAGAUGAAAAGUCUCAACUGAAUUUUGUGUACUUCUCUUAUUGAAAUAGCAAGGUACGCCAAUAAAACACUUCGCAUAUGCAAUGGAAUUUUUUCA